UUGAAGGGGAAUGUGAGCGCGAGACAUUUUACAAGGUGACCAGGAAACAGGACGCCCACUCUGAUGGAGACCCAGCAGAGCUGAAGACCAGGCGCAGUUUCGCUUUGCUCCAGGGGAUAAAAAGCAUCUUGCCCGCUCUGCAGUUUGGUCGGACGUUGGACAACGAUGAGAGAAGAGGUGUCCUGCACCAACUCCCCAGAAGGAGGCCUGGGUGCGAGUGAGGAAGAGCUGGAGCGCAGUCUGAAGAAGAGCAUCCAGCACAGCAGCAGAAAACGUUCCCCUCACCCCAAAAAAGACAGCCUAAGCCAGACGGAGGAGAGCAGCAGCGGCAGCCCCGCCAGCCUGCUGCCGUCCAAGAGGGUGAAGAAGAGCCCCACCACGGUUUUGACUCUGGCCCCUAGCUCGCUGGGCCCUCGGCCCGACCAGCCCUUCGAGGACCUUCACUCCCAACGGGUCAUCGCUAACGUUCGCGAGCGCCAACGCACGCAGUCGCUGAACGACGCCUUCGCAUCGCUGCGCAAAAUCAUCCCCACGCUGCCAUCGGACAAGCUGAGCAAGAUCCAGAUCCUGAAGCUGGCCUCGCGCUACAUCGACUUCCUCUACCAGGUGCUGCAGAGCGACGAAAUGGACGCUAAGCUGGCCAGCUGCAACUACCUGGCCCACGAAAGACUGAGCUACGCCUUUUCCGUCUGGAGGAUGGAGGGCGCCUGGGCCAUGUCCACCAGCCACUAGCACUCCCCCUCUACCCUCUCGUGUCCACGUCUUCCCCCCGCUGUUCCUGUUCACAUCUGCUCUGUUUGUGCGUCUGCAGACCGACUUCUUAAAGUUUUCUGUGUCCCCUUCUGCUCCUCUCAACAUCAAACCUGCUCUCCCUCUGCAACGUCUGUCCUCCUGUCUGUCCAACACUUUAGUUCCGUGCACCGGGAGAGAGACGCUCCACAGCCGCACCUCAGAUGUUAACGGACCCGUCUUCCCUCCGACUCUCUGGUGGACGAACCACGUGAAACAAACAGCUGGCCUGCAAGGACAAUCAGACAAAAUGGCUGUGGCCACCCUCUCGCGCUCGCGCUGACUCAGCAGACGGCGGACAUUUUGACCAUGAUGAGCGAGCUGGUUAGCUGGGGUGACAGCGAAGGAAUGUUUACAGCUGACAUGCUAAUAAGCUAAUCGCUGCGUGCAGCCGCGCCGCGGCGCCGAGCCUCUCUGUAUAUUUGUGAAUGUCUGUGCUUUUAAUCUGAGAGAGGUUUAUGUGUGCGAGCUCCAUGGAGGCUUCGUCUCCGCUCUCCUCUGGCCGAGAGAGGGAGACGCGCGGACACGGACGGUUGUGUGUACAAAAAUCAUGAUGAAGCAAUUACUGCCACAUUGUUGAGGAUUCGUGUGUAACCCACUGUUCCUCCUCUUUUGCUCAUCUGCUUCUCAUCCUCUUUAUUGUGUCG